UAGACCCAAGGAAAGACAGUAAGGCGAAUCCAAAGAGAUUUAGAUUCUCUUUUUCUUUCUUUGGGUUUUCUCUCUACAAAACCCUAUUUAAAUACAAGGCUGUAGCAACCUCCUUUCUCCCAUGCAGAUUGUCUCCCUCUCCACUACCUUUCACCUUUCUUGACUUUUUGAGUUUCGCUCUGUCUCUUCUUCCAUAACUUGUUUCCUUCCCCACCAUUUCUUUCUGUUCCUUAACUUCUUCUCUUCUUAUUAUUCUUUUGCAUUUGCAGUUGCACCCCCACUUUCAUUUCAUCACCCUUUCUAAUAUACUAAUUAAGAAAACAUGUCUAGCCGAAGGUCAAGAUCAAGGCAAUCAAGUGGUUCAAGAAUAACUGAUGAUCAGAUCUAUGAUCUUGUUUCCAAAUUGCAGCAACUUCUCCCCGAGGUUCGAAACAGGCACUCUGAUAAGGUAUCAGCUGCGAAAGUGUUACAAGAGACUUGCAACUACAUAAGAAGCUUGCAUAGAGAAGUGGAUGAUCUUAGUGAGAGAUUAUCGGAGUUACUAGCAACAACCGACAGUGCCCAAGCUGCCGUCAUCCGUAGUUUGCUUAUGCAAUAGAUGAGUUAAAUUAGGGUUAAUAGGGUGUUCUAAGUAAUGUAAUUUUUGUCUUAUCCCUUCGCAUUUCUGUCUAAGUUAUCCUUUGUUUAUUUUUAGAGUUGUUAAGUAGGUAGCUAAGAGCCUAGUUGAAGUUCAAUGACUACAUAAUCAAGGAAUUAAAUAAUAUAUAUUUGUAAUAAUAGAUCACUGAUCUUGAUCCA